AUGGUGCAAAAGAAGAAGUUCUGUCCUCGGUUACUUGACUAUUUAGUGAUCGUAGGGGCCAGGCACCCGAGCAGUGAUAGUGUGGCCCAGACUCCUGAAUUGCUACGGCGAUACCCGUUAGAGGACCAUGCUGAGUUUCCCCUGCCCCCAGAUGUAGUGUUUUUCUGCCAGCCUGAGGGCUGCCUGAGCGUGCGGCAGCGGCGCAUGAGCCUUCGGGAUGAUACCUCUUUCGUCUUCACCCUCACUGACAAGGACACUGGAGUCACGCGAUACGGCAUCUGUGUUAACUUCUACCGCUCUUUCCAAAAGCGAAUCCCUAAGGAGAAGGGGGAAGGUGGGGCAGGGUCCCGUGGGAAGGAAGGAACCCGUGCCACCUGUGCCUCAGAAGAGGGUGGCACCGAGACUUCAGAGAGCGGCUCAUCUCUGCAGCCUCCCAGUGCCGACUCCACCCCCAACAUGAACCAGUCUCCUCGGGGCAAACGCCGGGCCAAGGCGGGGAGUCGCUCCCGAAACAGCACUCUCACGUCCCUGUGCGUGCUCAGUCACUACCCUUUCUUCUCCACCUUCCGAGAAUGUCUGUAUACCCUCAAGCGUCUGGUGGACUGCUGUAGCGAGCGCCUGCUGGGCAAGAAACUGGGCAUCCCUCGAGGCGUACAAAGGGACACCAUGUGGCGGAUCUUUACUGGAUCGCUGCUGGUGGAAGAGAAGUCAAGUGCCCUUCUGCAUGAUCUUCGAGAGAUUGAGGCCUGGAUUUAUCGAUUGCUGCGUUCCCCAGUACCCGUCUCUGGGCAGAAGCGAGUAGACAUUGAAGUCCUACCCAAGGAGCUUCAGCCAGCCCUGACCUUUGCUCUUCCAGACCCAUCUCGAUUCACCCUAGUGGACUUCCCAUUGCACCUUCCCUUGGAACUUCUGGGUGUAGACGCCUGUCUCCAGGUGCUAACCUGCAUUCUGUUAGAGCACAAGGUGGUGCUGCAGUCCCGAGACUACAAUGCACUCUCCAUGUCUGUGAUGGCAUUCGUGGCAAUGAUCUACCCACUGGAGUAUAUGUUUCCUGUCAUCCCGUUGCUUCCCACCUGCAUGGCAUCAGCAGAGCAGCUGCUGUUGGCUCCAACCCCAUACAUCAUUGGGGUUCCUGCCAGCUUUUUCCUCUACAAACUGGACUUCAAAAUGCCUGAUGACGUAUGGCUAGUGGAUCUGGACAGCAACAGGGUGAUUGCCCCCACCAAUGCGGAAGUGCUGCCUAUCCUGCCAGAACCAGAAUCAUUAGAGCUGAAAAAGCAUUUAAAGCAGGCCUUGGCCAGCAUGAGUCUCAAUACCCAGCCCAUCCUCAAUCUGGAGAAAUUUCAUGAGGGCCAGGAGAUCCCCCUUCUCUUGGGAAGGCCGUCUAAUGACCUGCAGUCCACACCUUCCACUGAAUUCAACCCACUCAUCUACGGCAAUGAUGUGGAUUCUGUGGAUGUUGCAACCAGGGUCGCCAUGGUACGGUUUUUCAACUCUGCCAAUGUGCUGCAGGGGUUUCAGAUGCACACGCGUACCCUGCGCCUCUUCCCUCGGCCUGUGGUGGCUUUUCAAGCUGGCUCCUUUCUAGCCUCACGUCCCCGGCAGACUCCUUUUGCCGAGAAAUUGGCCAGGACUCAGGCUGUGGAGUACUUUGGGGAAUGGAUCCUUAACCCCACCAACUAUGCCUUCCAGCGAAUUCACAACAGUAUGUUUGAUCCAGCCCUGAUUGGUGACAAGCCAAAGUGGUAUGCUCAUCAGCUGCAGCCCAUCCACUAUCGCGUCUAUGACAGCAAUUCCCAACUGGCUGAGGCCCUGAGUGUACCACCAGAGCGGGAAUCUGACUCCGAACCUACUGAUGAUAGCGGCAGUGAUAGUAUGGAUUAUGACGAUUCAAGCUCUUCUUACUCUUCCCUUGGUGACUUUGUCAGUGAAAUGAUGAAAUGUGACAUUAAUGGUGAUACUCCCAAUGUGGACCCUCUGACGCAUGCAGCACUGGGGGAUGCCAGCGAGGUGGAGAUUGACGAGUUGCAGAACCAGAAGGAAGCGGAAGAGCCUGGCCCAGACAGUGAGAACUCUCAGGAAAACCCCCCACUGCGCUCCAGCUCCAGUACCACCGCCAGCAGCAGCCCCAGCACCGUUAUUCAUGGAGCCAACUCUGAACCUGCUGACUCUACGGAGAUGGACGAUAAGGCAGCAGUAGGCGUCUCCAAGCCCCUCCCUUCCAUGCCUCCCAGCAUUGGCAAGUCGGACGUGGACAGACGUCAGACAGAAAUUGGAGAGGGGUCAGUGCGCCGGCGAAUCUAUGACAAUCCAUACUUCGAGCCCCAAUAUGGCUUUCCCCCUGAGGAAGAUGAGGAUGAGCAGGGGGAAAGUUACACUCCCCGAUUCAGCCAACAUGUCAAUGGCAAUCGGGCUCAAAAGCUGCUGCGGCCCAACAGCUUGAGACUGGCAAGUGACUCCGAUGCAGAGUCAGACUCUCGGGCAAGCUCUCCCAACUCCACCGUCUCCAACACCAGCACCGAGGGCUUCGGGGGCAUCAUGUCUUUUGCCAGCAGCCUCUAUCGGAACCACAGUACCAGCUUCAGUCUUUCAAACCUCACACUGCCCACCAAAGGUGCCCGAGAGAAGGCCACGCCCUUCCCCAGCCUGAAAGUAUUUGGGCUAAAUACUCUAAUGGAGAUUGUUACUGAAGCCGGCCCCGGGAGUGGUGAAGGAAACAGGAGGGCGUUAGUGGAUCAGAAGUCGUCUGUCAUUAAACACAGCCCAACAGUGAAAAGAGAACCUCCAUCACCCCAGGGGCGAUCCAGCAAUUCUAGUGAGAACCAGCAGUUUCUGAAGGAGGUGGUGCACAGCGUGCUGGACGGCCAGGGAGUUGGCUGGCUCAACAUGAAAAAGGUGCGCCGGCUGCUGGAGAGCGAGCAGUUGCGAGUCUUUGUCCUGAGCAAGCUGAACCGCACAGUGCAGUCAGAGGACGAUGCCCGGCAGGACAUCAUCCCGGAUGUGGAGAUCAGUCGAAAGGUGUACAAGGGAAUGUUAGACCUCCUCAAGUGCACAGUCCUCAGCCUGGAGCAGUCCUAUGCCCAUGCGGGUCUGGGUGGCAUGGCCAGCAUCUUUGGGCUUCUGGAGAUCGCCCAGACCCACUACUAUAGUAAAGAACCAGACAAGCGGAAGAGAAGUCCAACAGAAAGUGUAAAUACCUCAGUUGGCAAGGAUCCUGGCCUAGCUGGGCGGGGGGACCCAAAGGCCAUGGCACAGCUGAGAGUUCCCCAGCUGGGACCUCGGGCACCCAGUGCCACAGGAAAGGGUCCUAAGGAACUGGACACCAGAAGUUUAAAGGAAGAAAAUUUUAUAGCAUCUAUUGAAUUGUGGAACAAGCACCAGGAAGUGAAAAAGCAAAAAGCUUUGGAAAAACAGAGGCCUGAAGUAAUCAAACCUGUCUUUGACCUUGGUGAGACAGAGGAGAAAAAGUCCCAGAUCAGCGCAGACAGCGGCGUGAGCCUGACGUCUAGUUCCCAGAGGACCGAUCAAGACUCUGUCAUCAGCGUGAGUCCAGCUGUUAUGAUCCGCAGCUCAAGUCAGGAUUCUGAAGUUAGCACCGUGGUGAGUAAUAGUUCUGGAGAGACCCUUGGAGCUGACAGUGACUUGAGCAGCAAUGCAGGUGAUGGACCAGGUGGCGAGGGCAGUGUUCACCUGGCAAGCUCUCGGGGCACUUUGUCUGAUAGUGAAAUUGAGACCAACUCUGCCACAAGCACCAUCUUUGGUAAAGCCCACAGCUUGAAGCCAAGUGUAAAGGAGAAGCUGGCAGGCAGUCCAAUUCGUGCUUCUGAAGAUGUGAGCCAGCGAGUCUACCUCUAUGAAGGACUCCUAGGAAGGGACAAAGGAUCCAUGUGGGACCAGUUAGAGGAUGCAGCUAUGGAGACCUUUUCUAUAAGCAAAGAGCGUUCUACUUUAUGGGACCAAAUGCAAUUCUGGGAAGAUGCUUUCUUAGAUGCUGUGAUGUUGGAAAGAGAAGGGAUGGGUAUGGACCAGGGUCCCCAGGAAAUGAUUGACAGGUACCUGUCCCUGGGAGAACAUGACCGGAAGCGCCUGGAAGAUGAUGAAGAUCGCCUGCUGGCUACACUUUUGCACAACCUCAUCUCCUACAUGCUGCUGAUGAAGGUAAAUAAGAAUGACAUCCGCAAGAAGGUGAGGCGGCUAAUGGGAAAGUCGCACAUUGGGCUUGUGUACAGCCAGCAAAUCAAUGAGGUGCUUGAUCAGCUGGCAAACCUGAAUGGACGCGAUCUCUCUAUCUGGUCCAGUGGCAGCCGGCACAUGAAGAAGCAGACAUUUGUGGUACAUGCAGGGACAGAUACAAAUGGAGAUAUCUUUUUCAUGGAGGUGUGCGAUGACUGUGUGGUAUUGCGCAGUAACAUUGGAACGGUGUAUGAGCGCUGGUGGUACGAGAAGCUCAUCAACAUGACCUACUGUCCCAAGACCAAGGUGUUGUGCCUGUGGCGUAGAAAUGGCUCUGAGACGCAGCUCAACAAGUUCUAUACUAAAAAGUGUCGGGAGCUGUACUACUGUGUGAAGGACAGCAUGGAGCGCGCUGCUGCCCGACAGCAAAGCAUCAAACCCGGACCUGAACUGGGUGGCGAGUUCCCCGUGCAGGACAUGAAGACUGGUGAGGGUGGCUUGCUGCAGGUCACCCUGGAAGGGAUCAACCUCAAGUUCAUGCACAACCAGUUCCUGAAAUUAAAGAAGUGGUGAGCCACAAGUACAAGACACCAAUGGCCCACGAGAUCUGCUACUCUGUGUUGUGUCUCUUCUCGUAUGUGGCUGCGGUUCGUAGCAGUGAGGAAGAUCUCAGAACCCCACCCCGGCCUGUCUCUAGCUGAUGGAGAGGGGCUACAUGGCCGCCCCAGCCCAGGGCACGCCCCUGGCCUCUCGCUGUUCCCAAGUGCACGAUGCUGCUGUGACCAGGGAGUGGAUGAUGCUCCUGUGUCCUCUGCAAGCCCACUGCUGUGGCUUAGUUGGUUACCAGUUAUGUGUCUCUGAGUGUGUCUUUGAGUGUGUCUUUGAGCGUGUCCGCCUUCUCCCUCUCCACUCCCAGAAGACCAAACUGCCUUCCCCUCAGGGCUGAAGUGUGUGUGUAUGUGUGUGUGUGUGUGUGUGUGUGUGUCCUGGAGACAUUGGUGUGGUGGUGGUUUGUCCUUGUCCCUGGCAUCAUAACUGUCCACCGCAAGAGUCCAGCUCUCCAUGGUCUGUGGCCCGGCGCGACUGGGCGCCUGGAGCAGUUCCACUCUGUGAGGAGUGAGGAAACAAUGGGGCUAACCCUCUCAGAGGAAGGACACAGACAGGAAGGGGAGAACUGGGGGGCAGCUGGAGCGAAUGGCAGCCUCCCUGCUUCCUUCUGCAUUCUCAACCCAGCAGCUGCUGCCUGGGGCACACAUGUGUUGGCUGCUGCCUGCCUACAGUGGAGUGGCGAGUUCCCUGUAGCCUGCUGUGCCUUUGGCAUCAGAGGAUGCAGUGAUUGAGGCUCGUGGCAUCCCAGGGACUGCUGGCUGCUCUGCCUGAGCAUCGGGGAGGGGGCGGGAAAGACCAAGCUGGGUUUGCACAUCUGUGUCCUCAGGCUGUGUCUCCAGGUACAGGGUGCCAGGAGGGAGAGGUGGCCUGGGUGUGGGCAAGAGAUGACUGUAAAUAUUUCAGCCCCACAUUAUUUAUAGAAAAUGUACAGCUGUGUGAAUGUGAAAUAAAUGUCCUUGACUCUCUUUGGGCUCCCUGGCUGCCUCACAUUAAAUGAUACCUCCUCUUGGCUCAGGUGUGAGGCAGGCUGUUCCUGGACUCUAAAAAGGCACUUCAGGCUUGAAGGAAAGAAGGAGAUGAGGUCAUCCAUGUCCAGGCUUUGGCACACGGAGGCCCCAGCUCUGCUGUUCUCCCAGAGCAAGGCUGUGGGUGGAGCUUUCAUUCCAGGGCACCUAGGGGCACUGCGGAAAGUUGGGCUGCCACGAACUGGAGGAGCAGCCAGACCGGGAGUCCACACCUGACUGAGAUCAGGUGAAAAGCCGGGCCCUGGCCUCUCCAUGCCCUAACAGGUAGGUAUGGCGAGGUGUGGUGAUUCAGCCAGGGCCCGGGACACCUGGCCAGGAGUGUCUUCCACCGGGUAGAACUCCUAGAAGCACCCCCAGGAGCUGCCUUCACGGAAUUUCUGUCCUGGAAAAACCUGGCUGUAUUCUCAGGGAACUUCUGAGACCUGCUGGCUUCCCCCGCCCGAAAGGAAACUGAUGCUCGGAAUUAGGCUCCCCAUGGGGGAAGUGAGAGCAGAGUGGGGUCCAGGCCCUGACACCCACGGUCCUGGGCUGGAUUGGAUUGCUGUCCCCCACUGGGAUGUGGGUGUGCACCAGCUGUGGGCUUGUUGCUUGCUGGGACCCCAGAGCCACCUAGUGCAGCUCCACCCCGGGACAGUCACAACACAGCGUCUGCCUUACCCACCUCCAGGAGGCUGCGACCACACCACCGCCCCUGGCACAAGGGUCAUGCUGAGUACCUGGGACUGACUAAUGCGCUUUCCGCCAUCACAGCUCAGUUUCAUCAUCUGAGUCAGUGCCAUCGGGGGAGUCAGGUUCCUUCUAGUGCUAAUGUUUUAUGAACUCAGAUUCCACUCUAGGCCUAAUUAAAUCAUCCGGAAGAAAAUAAAAACAGUAUCUGCCCUCA